CCAUGACAGACCCCAAUAAGAUGAUCAUCAACUUGGCCCUCUUUGGCAUGACUCAGAGUGGAAAAAGUUCUGCUGGAAACAUUCUGCUGGGAAGCACAGACUUUCACAGCAUCUUUGCUCCAUGUUCUGUGACCAUAUGUUGUACCCUGGGCCGCAGUUGUCACCUCCACAGCUUCAUGCGUCGAGCAGGGCGAGAGGUGGCCCUGCAAGUCCAGGUGUUGGACACUCCAGGUUAUCCACACAGCAGGCUGAGCAACGAGCAUGUGAAACGGGAAGUCAAAGAGGCUCUGGCACAUCACUUCGGGCAAGAGGGUCUCAACCUCGCACUCCUGGUUCAGAGAGCAGAUGUGCCUUUCUGUGGGAAGGAAGUAACUUACCCAGUCCAGAUGAUCCAGGAACUUCUUGGACAUGCUUGGAUGAAUUACACAGCCAUUCUUUUUACCCAUGCAGAGAAAAUAGAAGAGGCUGGGCUUAAUGAAGAUAAAUAUUUACAUGAGGUCUCUGAUACCCUGAUAACGCUGCUAAAUUCUAUUCAGCACAAAUAUGUUUUCCAUUACAAAAAAGGAAAAUCACUCAAUGAACAAAGAAUGAAAAUCUUAGAAAGAAUCAUGGAAUUUAUAAAAGAGAAUGGUUACCAAGUUCUUACCUUUAAAUAAAAUUUAGGUGAAAGGAAAGGAGCAUUGGGUAUUGGAGUCAGAAACACUAAGCUGCCUUUGUUGACAUGAAUGUGGACCAUAAGUAUUCCAAUAUGCUGCUGGUGAGAGUGUACAUUGGUAUAACCACUUUGGGAAACUAGAAAUUAAAAAGAACAUCAAUGAUUCAAGAUAUCUAAUGCGAAUCCCAUGACAUAGCAAUUAUACUACUAAGUAUAUAUCCAAAAUAAAUGUGUACAUUUGUGUACUAGAAGACAUGUAUGUACAUGUAUGUGUACUAGAAGACAUGUAUGUACAAUAAUGUUCAUGGAACUACUAUUCGAAAACUAAAUGUAUGGACUAUUCAAACGUCUGUUAAUAGUAGAAUGGGUAAGUAAAUUGAGGUAGUUACCACAGUAGGAUAUUAGAAUAAGUAAUUAGAAUAAGCAAGCUCAACAAUACCAAUUAAUUUACCAAGCAUAAUGUUGAAAAAUAAGCCAGACAUAAAAGAGUACAUACUCUGUGAUUCCAGGUGUAGAAAGCUCACAAACAGUAAAACAAAUGCAAUCUAAACUGCUCUGAUGGUAGGAGUGCUGGAAAUCAGGAGAGUAGUUAACUUUGGGGAGGAGAUUGUGAGUGAAAGUUUACACCUGGUGUGACUUCUGAGAUUCUGGUCAUGUUCUGUUCUCUUUAUUUGGAGCCCAGUUUCACAGGAUGUGUUCACUUUGUGAAAAUGCAACAACAAACACUUGUGAUUUAGAAACUACUUAAAUAUGCUAUAUUUAAAUAAAAGUUAAAAAUAAUUAGUUGUUAUCCAUUAAAAGGGAACUAGCUCCACUGCUUACUUAAUGCCAAAAGAGAAAAAUUGUUUAAACUUACCAGAGUCUGUUUCCUUCUUUGGAAUACCUACUCAUAAUUAUUGUAAUGAUUAAACUUCCUGGCACAUGGUAGUUGCUUAAAACAUGUUAAUUUUCUUUUCUACUUCCUUGUAACCUGUGGUUUCCAUUUCAGUUUGGAAACAUUUGGUAACAACUGAGAGCAAACUCUUUAAUAAAAAUGAGUAUAACAAUUGUGAUAAUUCACUAUGAAUAAAGCCUUGACUAAAGACCUUCUACCUUUGAAGUUUGGCCACUUUGGUUUAGUGGAGAGCUUCAGGAUGGCCUCAAUGGUAGCAGUGAAAAUUGAAGGAAAAUAAUUCUAAUCAGUCAUAAGAGCAAAGUCCACUAGCAAGUCAAAAUCAGAUCACUUUCAUAAAUAUUUGUAUAUGAACUUCAUAAUUUAUAAAAUUCUUUCAUAAAGACCGUUUCCAAUUUGUAAACAGCUUGUUCUUAUAAGCUAAUUUAUACAGGGUUUUUUUUUUUUGGUGUACAAUAUGCUGGAUUUGGAUUUUCCAUUAGAAACAGGAUUACAGCUGUUGGUCAUUCUCCCAAAUUAGUCUUCGAAAACUUACUUUAAUGCACAAUAUUGUGUGAACUCCUGUACACGUUUGAAUUUGCGCUAGAUUUAUAAAAUGUUUCUAUCGGAAAGCAUAAUACAGAUCCCAACUUAAAACAACAUCUUACUUUAUUUCUUUGCAUGACCUCUUUAUCCUAUGUUGUGGGCUCUGGACUGAGAAGUGGGAGACUCAACAAUGGAGCAGAGUUUGAAACUGAAGUGAGAACUGACACUACUCCAUGGGUUGGUGGGGCUUGGGACAGAGAAAGAGACUUGAUGUUCAGAAGUUGAAACCACAGUGACUGGUGGAGAAAAGCAGAAUGGAAAAGGAGGAUUCAGGUGUUAAGUUCUUCAUGUCCUUCAUUUAUGUGUUGUCAGUUAACUUUUCUAGAACACAAAUGCUAGUUUGUUUCAGGAAAUAUACAUUGUGCAGAACAUCAAGGAUUGAAGCUCUAUGAGGCUGGCCUGAUGUUGAUGAUUAUA